AUGCCGAUCUCCGCAGAAAGAGAGAGGGAGCUUCUGAAUACCUACAAACUCACGUCUCUCAAUCCUACCGAAUGGCCACAUCAAGACGACGAGUCCUCCGAAGGGGAAGAGGAGCCUACGUCCGACCUCUCACGCCAAAGAUCGAUACAAUCCGCGAAUACACGAUUCCAGAACAUCGCACGACAUGCCAGUCUACGUUCAAGCGUGUCCAACAGCAAAGGACCUCAGAACACCGCUGCGGUACAAAACGAUGAGAGCGACGCGCUGGGCAUGGCUCCCAGCGUGGCAGGAGAAUUGCGGAAACGUGGAGUGCCUGUAGAGGAGGAUCUGGCACUGAGGAACAAGUUCAUGCUGUCUUCGACUAGCUUCAGUCCUGCGUUGUACCUCUCCCAGGUCCACCAGUCCGCCAGCACAGAAGAUCUCCUCCGGGGCCUGGACUUCCUCAGCAAGAGCAUCGAACAGAAGUCUGCGAGUCUGAAGGUCCUGGUGGAGAGCAACUUCGAACGCUUCGUGCGUGCGAAAGCGAUCAUAGACACCGUCUAUACGGAGAUGCGUACACAAGGUGUGGAGGCCACCCGGAUGUCACAGUUGCCAUCUUCUGCCACAACUGGCAAGCCGCAUUCGAGGCAGACGAGCAAGAACCAGAGUCAUUUUCGGAACAAUAGCGGAGCUUUUGGAUCUGCAGCAAAGACUCAGCCUCUAGACAAGAAGAAGAAUGCUCUAACGAAGGAGUCUGAAUAUGGCGUGCAGGGUAUCAAAGCGCCAUUACAAGAAGUGGCCAUAAAAGUGGAGGAAGUGUGGGGACCCGCGCUGGGUGGUCGCGAGAAAGAAGAGACGCUGAAAUCGCUCAUGUCUGCACUGGACCAACAUCGGGAUAUCUUCAAAUUGAGCGGCAACAUGUAUGAUGCAAUCAAGAAGAAUGACUACGACAGUGUGGUGGAGACAUACAAGCAAGCCAAGUUGCAUGCUGAAAAGGCCAGGAAGAUUGUUGCGAUCGCGAAAGAGAACGACAUGGAUCUCGGAGAUGAAGACGUACAUCAAAUCAUCGUCACAGCAAGAAUGUGGCAUGACGUGACGACACAAGUGAACGCAUACAAGGUAGAGAUCUGGAAGCGCCUGAAGACUUCUCACGGGCGGAAAGCUGUCGCUGUGGCCGAGGAGUCUGAUAGAGAGCUUCACAUGGAUAUCAUUGCUGUGCUACUCCAGCUUGGCGUGGAGGAAAGUCCCAUCUUCGUCUUUAUCGAGAGUCGCUAUCUCUACCUGCGGGAUCGCAUUGCUCGAACAUUUGAAAGGGGUCGAAUUGAGAUUGAGAUCCUCCGGCGCAGGCUUGCGAGCAACACUAAGCUUGACAGCGCUGCAUUGGCGAAGCAUCUCCGCUCGGCGUGCACGUCGACUGGAACUCUUCGCCUCUCCAAAGAGAACACUCGUGAUCUCGACACGGACAUUGUGCUUGGGUUUUGGGACAAAGUCGAAGCUUGUCUGACGACUCUUCUUUCCACACAGACCGGGAUUCUGGCCGAAGUCCUUGAAUGGUGGGAGAUCUCCCAGUCUUUCAUGGAGAAUCGAGCUCAGAAGUCCUUUCCUACCGGCGUGUUCGCCACUGGUUUCACGCAUCUCGAGCUGGAGCCCAAGCACGUCGAUGCCAUCCGUGCAGCUGCGUUUGAGCUCGUGAGCAUUCUUCGCGAGAGCAUCACGUCAUUCUUCCAAGAUGCACCUGUAGAAGACAUCAGCGAAUUGUACUCGCCCAUACCCCCAACGCCGAUCUCACCAGACCCUUCCAGUCCGUCUCUCACAUCAACAAUGCGAACCUUCAGCUUUGAUCCCAGCACUGUUCCUUCGCUCAGCGCGACCAAAAAGGGCGAUGCGUGGGAAAAGUUCGCUUUCUGGCCGCCGGGCGCAAAUUCACUGUCUGGCGCACAUUACCUCGCCAAGCUAUCAGCACUUGUCGGUACCGCCAUGGGCGAGAUGGCAGGUCUGAGCGUCAUCAAGCAGUCCGAUGUGACGGAGAAGCUCAAGGCCGGCGUUGUCGCUGUACGAGAGCGAUGUAUCGCAGCCAUCUGCGCCAGCUGGAAUGCGGAUGCAGAGAAGUGCCGAGUCCUCGAGAGCUGGACUCGCAGUCCCGACCGAAGAGAUCUGACCCUCAUGCCAGCAUACUUUGAGGCGUGGGAGGACAAGGUGUUGACAAAUGUGCAGAAGAUCGCCUACAUCUCUGAUGCCACUCUUAGAAAGAGUGGUGGUAGUGCGGUUGAUGUCAUCGUUCCCCCUUCGGCGAAGCUUCUUCAGACGGUGAGGGGAUGUUUUGUGACGAGUCUGUACAAGGGUUUGAGUGGCAUGGUGGAGAACGCCGAGAAGCUGCGGACUUCUGAUAGUGGUGCUAACGUCCGCAUGCUCAUCACCCUAUCCAACCUUAAUCACCUUCGCAGCGAAGUGAUCCCACAACUGAUAUCACUCUUCGAGUCCGCCUUCUCGGUCAAGCUCACUGAAGAGAGCAAAACGAUCCGCGAUGUCCUAGCCCAGAUCGACGCCCGCCUCUUCCAAUCAUACGUCAAGCCCACCGUAGACCACAUCACUGCCACCAUCACCAUCGGCAUCAACUCACCGGCAUGGGAACCUACAUCAUCCUCCCGACCCACAGAUGCUCGGUCCUACAUCUACGACGUCCUCAUCGCCCUCGUCAUGGUCCACGCCGAAGUCACCGCCUCCACCACAGCAGGGCUGACCAACCAAAUCCUGUCCUACCUGCUCGAACAAUCCAGCCUCGCCCUCAUCGCGGCCUUCAAGACGAGGACGCACUACAGCCUCUCCGCGCUUAUGCAAGCGACGCUUGACGUGGAAUUCCUCGCGCAAACUUUGAACAAUUACACGACCGAUCGUGCAGGUGAAGUGCAAAGUCAGAUCUACUUGGCGCUGGAUGAACGCACGGAUAAUGAUGCGAGGAGUAAAUUGCAGGGCGAGCUGCCGGCUAUGAGAGGGAUCUUGAAGGGGUUGAGGGAGAAGACGAAGGGUGAAUUUGGGUGCUUUAGGAGAGAACGGAGGGGUAGGAGAGAGGGUGGUAGUGCGCAGGGGGUGCCGAAGGCGGGAUAG